AUGCAAUAAAAACAAAUUGAUUGGUUUAAACUUUCAGAUCUAAAUCACUUAAUAAGUAAUAAAGGUUAUAGAUUUGCCAAACAUCAUAAUUUGAUAACUUCAUUAGAGAAAUAAAUUUCUUUUGAAUCACCUGAUGAAUACGAAGAAAAAAUGUUCCCUUUGUUUCAAAAUGAAAAUUAUGGUGGUUUAGUAAAGGAAAUGACAUUUCAUAAAAAGAUUUUUUUAACAUAGUCUUCUUAUCCACUAAAAUUUAGUGUUAUGAUUGAUGAAGAGGAGCAACCUAAUUUCCAUACAGGUAUAAGGCUGUAAGUAAUGAAAUAAGUAAAGGAUGAGAAAAAUAAGAUCAAUUCUUGGAAAUAUUAAAGGUAUGGACAAUAUUUAACUUUUAAAAAAUCCAAAACAUUUAUAGGUGGAACAUUUAUUAGGCAAAAAGAUGGUUAAAUGUAUUAAACAUUAUGUCUAUACAUAAAGAAAGAAAAGCAAGAAUUCAUAAUAUUACCAUUUACGAAUGAUGUUAGAAACAACUUUGAAUACACAUAGUUGAAAGGAAGGGAUGGUAUUAUAAAUCUAAAAAGAAAAUAAUUUAUUGUCAAUUUUAUUCCAUUAAGUUCUCCAAAAGUAUAUUUGAAUGAAGCCAAAGCUAUAUUUAGACUUUAUAGUUGCAGUUUUUAUUAACUCAUACUUAAACCAUCAACAAAAAAUAACUAAUAAAAGUUGACUUAAUUUGGAAAAAAUGCAAAAUAAAUGUUUUAAAGGUCAAAGUAAAACAUUAACUUUACAAGACAUUUUGAUAAAUCGUAGUUAGAAGCUAUUGAAAGUGCUAUGAAUUUCGAAUAAAAAUUUACAUUAAUUGAAGGUCCUCCAGGAACAGGAAAAACCUAAACCAUUUUAGGUAUCUUAUCAAUUUUCUAGAGUUUAUUAAAAGAAUCUAGGAAUGAGGACUAAAAAGAUGUAAUUUUAAUUUUAGGAAAAUCCAACGGAAUUGUAAAUGAUUUGGUUAGGAAAAUUAAUAAAAGUAUAGAAACUCCAAAUUCCAUAAUUUAUUGCUCAGAGGAAUAACCUUAAUCUCUUAAGGUUCUUCGAUUUGGAAGACCUGAUUUAUGUGAAAAUGACAUAGCUAGAUAUAGUGCAGAGAUUCGUUCUUAACAAGAAUUUUUUUCAUAAUUUAAGGAUGAAGUUACGAAAAUAUUUGAAAAAUAUAUCACAAUCAACAUAAUUUAAGAAUUGCAGAGUGAGUAAAUUUAAGACUUUUCAUCUUUUUUGAUGGAAAUAGAUGAAUCAAAUAACAAUCUUACAAAUGGACCCCCUUAAAUAAGUCUAGUUUAGCUCAUGAAAUAUAUCGAGUAUCUAAAUUUUAGAAUAAAAAAAAGUGUAUUAACAUUGAAGGCUUUUGGACAUGUUUUUAACGAUUUGCAUGAGUUGUUGAAAUCAAAACAAAAUAAAUAUUUAGAAAUACAAGAAGGCAUUUUCAAAUAUCGUCAUAUUAUAGCAUCUACAUUAAAUAGCUGUAACAAUAAUAAGUUGCAAAAUGCAUUAUAGAAUGUGAAUUUGAGAAUGUGCAUAAUUGAUGAGGCUCCAACAGCAUUAGAACCAUCAUAGUUGAUCCCAUUUAUUGAAUAUAACAAUAUAGAAAAAAUAGUCCUUGUUGGAGAUACAAAAUAAUUGAAUCCAAUUGUUAUAGCAAAGGAAUCUGAAAAUAAUCAUUUUAAUCGUUCCUUAUUUGAAAGAAUGCUAAAUUGCAUUUAGUCUAAAAAAUUGACAGAAUAAUAUCGGUAAAUGUCAAAUCUAGCAGAAAUUACAUCUAAGAUUUUUUAUUCUAAUUCUCUAAAAAAAAGUAAAAUCUAAAUGUAGAUUCCUGCUUAUAUUGAAGCAAAAAUAAGUCCAAAUAAAAACAGUUUUUUUUUCAACACCCCUUAUAAUACAGAGGAACUUAAGGAUUCUAGCUUUAGGAAUGUCUUAGAGUGCGAGGCGAUAAUUUAAUUAGUAAAAUAUAUAUUGAGUGAUGAAAUUAAAUCGAAAACAAAUAAAAUAAUUUCAAUUAUCAGUCCUUACUAAAUGUAAAAAGAACUUUUGAGAUUAAGAUUAAAAGAUUGGAAUCUGCUUAAUUAUGUAGAAGUAGAUACAGUAGAUUCGUUUUAAGGGAAAGAGAAUGAAAUUGUUAUACUAUCUCUAGUACGUUCAAAAGAUUCGAUUGGAUUUUUAUAUGAUUAGAGAAGAGCAAACGUAGCAUUAUCAAGAGCUAAAUACUGUUAAUACGUUUUUGGAACUGAAAGCACAUUUAAUUAAUAAGGGCAUAAAAGUUUUUGGAGAUAGAUAAUAUAAUUAUAUUAGAAUUAAUCUCGAAUAAUUGACUAUGACGAGGAGAGUUUGAGGAAUCCAAGUUUCUUCCAGUAGAAAUUGAAUGGAUGA